AGUAGCAUUGCUCGGCCUGGUCCAUCCUUCUUUGCCAGGAAGGGAAGCAUGGAGGUCUUCGUUGCGGCAAGGCCGCAGGUCGUUCCAGUACAGGCGCCUGCGGGCCCCUCGGGCCUUGCGGGCAGCCGACCUCAGAGAGGCAACGCAGCCUUGACCGGGGCACUCGCCGCGGUUGCCGCUGGCGUUGCGGGCGCUAGCGCACGUCGGAGAGGCACGAUCACUGCCGCCGCCAAGUGCCGUGGCGCCCGCAUCGCGCGCAAAGCCUGGCGCGCAUACCGCAACUGUCACGGCGGGGAGCACCUGUCCCCCGAGCGCAAGAGACAGCUGGAGGCCAUUUGCGAGAAGAUCGCCACACCCGGAAAGGGCAUCACUGCCACGGAUGAGGGCCCCGGCACCAUCGGAGAUCGCUUUGCAAAGGUGGGCGUCGAAAACACCGAGGAACACAGGCGGGUAUACCGGCAGAUGCUGUACGAGACACCCGGCGUCAACAACUACCUCAGUGCUGCAAUUCUUGACCCUGAGACGCUGCACCAGAAGGACGACGAAGGCGUCCUUUUCCCUCGAGCCCUGGAGCAGAGGGGGAUCAUCUGCGGGGUGAAGCCGCACUUGAAGGUCUAUGAGCUGCCAGGCGCGUUGGGCGACACCGUGAUGCAGGGUCUGGACAGCUUGGCGAUGCGCCUCAGGGAGUACAAGGAGGCAGGCGCCAAGUUCGCCAAGUGGCGCAGUCCGUUGCAAAUCUCGCGCUACAGCCCCACCAAGGCAGCCAUUGAGGCCAACAUGAGAGACCUGGCGCGCUUCGCACUGAUUUGCCAGGAGGAGGGCCUGGUGCCCAUGGUGGAGCCAGACAUCAUCAUGAAAGGCGACCACGACCUGGAAACCGCUGUAGCUGUGAAUGUGGAGGUUCAGACCAACCUCUACAAGGCUAUGUUGGAGCACGGUGUCUACAUGGAAGGAGCACUUCUCAAGACCAACUUGGUGAAUCCCGGAUUGUCCUGCGACACGGAGUACAUGGUCGAGGAGAUUGCGGUGGCAAAUCUGAUGACCCUGCGGAGAGUCACGCCUGUGGCCAUCAAGGGUGUAAACUUCCUCAGCGGCGGCCAGAGCCUCGAGCAGGCCGCGGCCCGCCUCAACGCGCUGAACAAGGUGAAGCAGGUGAAGGGCAGCUGCCCCUGGAACCUCUCCUUCUCCUGGAGCUGGGCGCUGCAGGCGCCGCUGCUCCGCCUCUGCGAGGGGAAGGGAGGCAAGCUGCCGCUGAAGGAGAUGAGCGAGCUCUACCUGAAGGAGCUGGCAAUUGCAAGUGCUGCGGCGCAGGGCAAAUACGAGGAGAGGGAAAGCAGCCUGAGGUGAUUCGCGACACUGCUGGCGCAAAGAAGGAGGACAAGAAGCCGGUAGAGGCCAAGAAGGAAGAGCCAAAGAAGGAGGAAGCCAAGAAGGAGGAGAAAAAGCCGGAGGCCAAGAAAGAAGAGCCGAAGAAGGAGGAGGCCAAGAAGCAGGACAACAAGCCGGAGGCCAAGAAGGAAGAGGCCAAGAAGGAGGACAAGAAACCGGUAGAGGCCAAGAAGGAAGAGCCUAAGAAGGAGGAGGCCAAGAAGGAGGACAAGAAACCUGUUUGUCCUUAUCCUGAUUGCCCGGUAGAGGCCAAGAAGGCAGAGCCCAAGAAGGAGGAGGCCAAGAAGGAGGAGAAGAAGCCUGAGGCCAAGAAGGAAGAGCCUAAGAAGGAGGAGGUCAAAAAAGGCGAGAAGCAACUGGUAGAGGCCAAGAAGGAAGAGCCUAAGAAGGAGGAGGCCAAGAAGGAGGACAAGAAGCCGGUAGAGGCCAAGAAGGAAGAGCCAAAGAAGGAGGAGGCCAAAAAGGAGGAGAAGCCGGUAGAUGCCAAGAAGGAAGAGCCGAAGAAGGAGGAGGCCAAGAAGGAGGAGAAGAAGCCGGAGGCCAAGAAAGAAGAGCCCAAGAAGGAGGAAGCCAAGAAGGAGGACAAGAAAGAGGAGAAGAAGCCGGAGGCCAAGAAGGAAGAGCCUAAGAAGGAGGAGGCCAAGAAGGAGGACAAGAAGCCGGCAGAGGCCAAGAAGGAAGAUCCCAAGAAGGAGGAGGCCAAUACGGACGAGAAGAAGCCGGAGGCCAAGAAGGAAGAGCCUAAGAAGGAGGAGGCCAAUACGGACGAGAAGAAGCCGGAGGCCAAGAAGGAAGAGCCUAAGAAGGAGGAGGCCAAGAAGGAGGAGAAGAAGCCGGAGGCCAAGAAAGAAGAGCCGAAGAAGGAGGAGGCCAAGAAGGAGGAAAAGAAGCCGGAAGCCAAGAAGGAAGAGCCAAAGAAGGAGGAAGCCAAGAAGGAGGAGAAGAAGCCGGAGGCCAAGAAGGAGGAUAAGAAGCCGGAGGCCAAGAAGGAAGAGCCGAAGAAGGAGGAGGCCAAGAAGGAGGAAAAGAAGCCGGAGGCCAAGAAGGAAGAGCCUAAGAAGGAGGAGGCCCAGAAGGAGGACAAGAAGCCGGAAGCCAAGAAGGAAGAGCCUAAGAAGGAGGAGGCGAAAAAGGAGGAGAAGCCGGUAGAGGCCAAGAAAGAAGAGCCAAAGAAGGAGGAGGCCAAGAAGGAGGACAACAAGCCGGAGGCCAAGAAGGAAGAGCCUAAGAAGGAGGAGGCCAAGAAGGAGGACAAGAAAGAGGAGAAGAAGCCGGAGGCCAAGAAGGAAGAGCCAAAGAAGGAGGAAGCCAAGAAGGAGGAGAAGAAGCCGGAGGCCAAGAAAGAAGAGCCAAAGAAGGAGGAAGCCAAGAAGGAGGAGAAGAAGCCGGAGGCCAAGAAGGAAGAGCCCAAGAAGGAGGAAGCCAAGAAGGAGGACAAGAAAGAGGAGAAGAAGCCGGUAGAGGCCAAGAAGGAAGAGCCAAAGAAGGAGGAAGCCAAGAAGGAGGAGAAGAAGCCGGAGGCCAAGAAAGAAGAGCCAAAGAAGGAGGAAGCCAAGGAGGAGAAGAAGCCGGAGGCCAAGAAGGAAGAGCCCAAGAAGGAGGAAGCCAAGAAAGAGGACAAGAAAGAGGAGAAGAAGCCGGUAGAGGCCAAGAAGGAAGAGCCAAAGAAGGAGGAAGCCAAGAAGGAGGAGAAGAAGCCGGUAGAGGCCAAGAAGGAAGAGCCAAAGAAGGAGGAAGCCAAGAAGGAGGAGAAGAUGCCGGUAGAGGCCAAGAAGGAAGAGCCUAAGAAGGAGGAGGCCAAGCAGAAGGAUGCUGCAAACGAGAAGGACCUAGUGCUUGCCUGAGGUGCUUUGGCAUGCUUUUUUCUCGGCGAGAUGCCGUGUGCUCGAGUGCGCGGUUUCACUGUUUCCA